GGCUGUCACGAUUAGACGUUAUUUAUCAAUUAGCAAAUUUUGAUAACAAAGGUAUUAAAGUUUAAGGUUAAUCACGUUAGGUAUGUCUCAUAUAGAACACAAUGGUGAACCUGGUUGCAAGACAUCCGCUGAAGAAAAUCAUCUUUACCGUAAUACUUGGGACCCAACUUCAUAUUGGGAGUGUGAACUUCAAGGCCAACCUGCAAAAAUAAGACGUUGCAAACCGAAUAAGUUAUUCUCUGAUAAGUUUGGAAAAUGUGUUAAUUGGCAAGAUUGGGAAUGGACAGAACCAAAAGAACCACCUAGUAGACCUUAAAAAUUGAAUAGUGUGAAAGAAACUACAACUAAAAACACACGUCUGUUCGGUUUUAGAAUAAAUAUAAGACUCCUUUAUUUUCUAUAAUUUUUGCUCUUAAAUACUAAAUUUUACAUAGUCUAAUAAUUUGGUUUAAUUAGGUUUUUCUUUUAGGUACAAGGUUAAAGGAAAUGUCCCUUAACCUUUUUCUUUGUUACCUUAUUUAAUUACUUCCUUUUCCUUUACAUUUUUAACUAAUCCCUGUUAUUACAUUUCAUAUUUUAAUGUCUAA